AUGAAUACAAGACCAGAUCAGCGACCUAAGUCCCAGGAGUGUUCACCAAGCCGGACCUGGACCUGCCCUCCGCCUCAGAGUCUGAAAGUUGUCUCCACCUCACCCACCAGUCUGGAGGCCACUUGGUCGCCGCCCGUACUGGCCAAAACGCCCAUCACGGGAUACACCAUGUUCUAUACGCAGUUUUCUCCUCAGGUUGGGUCAGGAGAAGAACACAAAGUAAAGGUCACUGGUACGUCACAUGACCUCCAAGGCCUGGACCAGUUCACUGAGCACAGCGUGUGGCUCACCGCCGUCAACAGUAAUGGCGGGGGAGACGCCACCCCGGAGGUCACUGCCAGAACCUUCUCAGACGUGCCCUCAAAGGAGCCUCAGAAUGUGAGCGUUGAGGCUGCCAGCUCAAGGAACCUCAUCAUCUGCUGGGAGCCUCCGCUGGCCGAGCACCAGAAUGGGAUCAUCACCAGCUGCAAGAUCCGCUACAAAGAGCGCGGCGAGUCAGGUUCCUCCAAGACCAAAGCCACAGACGGAAACAGACGACUCUUUGCCCUCAAGAAAAGCACCACAUACUCCAUAAAGGUUUAACCCGUCUGCUGCGAUUGGCACAGAUUUCACAUUCACUGGUAGCCUGAUAACAUACAGUCCCUGGUCUUUCUCUGCCUCUGUGGUGGAUAAUGGAGUGUUUCCCAUGUGGUAUUGGUGUGCUGGAUAUCUCUUCACUGGUAGCCUGAUAACAUACAGUUCCUGGUCUUUCUCUGCCUCUAUGGUGGAUAGUGGAGUGUUUCCCAUGUGGUAUUGGUGUGCUGGAUAUCCCCUCCCAUGGUGCAGGACUUACCUUUUCUUCAUUGAAUUGUAGCCACAGAUACUUUUUGUUCUCGCUGUUCAUUUCCCAUUUCCUUCUGGUUCUCCUCCUCCUCCUCCUGUAACCCUCUCUUUCCUGUCCCUACUGAUCAUGUUCUCUUUUUUCCUCUUGCUGUUCCUGUGUCCCCGCCCUGCCAAAUAUUCUCCCGCGUCCUGCUUCUCGGCAUUUCCUUGAGCAGGUUAGUGCAGAGAGCGUAUACAGCUUAGGGUCGGAUAGGCUUUGACGGAGCUCAACCAACGUAAUGUACAGACUGAAGCGACACAGCGCCACAAAGAG